AUGCGCGCCCACGUGGAAUGAGCUCAAAUCCUGCGGUGUGCAUGGGGAGACAGAUCGAGAAGCGGGCUGAGUUAGAGGCUAGAGCAGCAUCCUUGGAGAGUGUUGCAGUUUGUCUAUGUAGCCCGGAUCCCGGGGUGACCAGCGGGGGCUGCUCGUAGACAUGGCUAGCAGCCGAAGUAAAUCAAGACGGGAAGACAAGCAGAGGAAACAACUUGUAAAAGGCAAGCUUUUGGAUUUUCCCCUGGCAAGUUCAAACCCGUGUCCAGUAUCUUGUAUAUACCUUGUAAAGGCGUAUCUGAGCUAGUGCAAGUCUGUGCACGCACUGAUCUUAUCUGGUAUUGUAUGGUUUCCCAGUAGGCAGGGUGUUUAGUAUGGAUUGCACUAUUGUAUUGCUGAGUUAGUGUGGUGUUCAGACCCUCAUGUGCUCCACAUUAAAAAGACCCGGUGUGGGAAACUAGGGUAUUAUGACUGUGUCCCAUUUUAGCGAUAGGUGUGGCAAUAUCUCCACCUCUACCCUAUGAUAUGCACUCCCACAGAUCUGUACUUUCUAAUCGAAUGGACAGAAGAUGCUGAUGAAGAAUUGUUUGAUGCAGUACCAGCUCGGGACAUUACUGUCCCAAGUGGAAAGGAUGUACUAGACCUCAUUGCAGGCGAUGAAUGUCAAGCAUCUUUUGCCAACACUCUGUACCCCGCUAGGGUAGUCGCUGUUGGUAAGUACACUGAGAUAAAGAAGCAGCAGAAACAGAAAGAGAAAGAGGCAGAAGAAAAUGAACUUGGAAGUGAACAGGGUGGAGUAGAUGCCUCAUCGGGUGAAAGAGAUGCUUUGACAGGGAAUAAGAGGGAGUCAGGGAAUGAGAGGGAAGGAGGGAAUGAAAAGAAGUCGGAGCCAGGAAGUGAGAAAGAGAAGGGGAAUAAAGAGUCCGAGAAAAAGGAGUCAGGGAGUGAGAAGGAGAAGGGGAAUGAGGAAAGGCGUGGGAACGAAAAAAAGACUAAGAAUACAACUGAAGCCAGACAGGGGGAAAAAAGGAUUCAAGGAGGGGGCAAUAGUGAUGGGAAGUUCUCUAAUGGUAGGAAAAGGAAAGACACUACUCUGAAAGACACGGGAAGGGAUUCACCACAAAAAAACAGUAGUAAGAAAAAGCUGGUAGGAAUGGACGUCUCUGAGGCUAUUGAUAAAGAUUCCAAGGCAAAGAGUCCACGUAAAAGGUUAAAAACCUACUAUGAUGCAAGCUCUGAGGAAUCGGAUAAGGAGGAACAACAUCCACCUGCAAAGAAACAAAAAGUCUACCAGUCGAUAUCUGGAUCAGAGGACGAGACUGUCAUUUCUCCAACAAACCUGGAAGCAAAAAGAAUAAAGAAUAUUGCGGAGAAUGAGAUGUUCAAGAAAAUGAUUGGACUGGGACCAGGAAUGUUCCACAACCCUAUCACCUCGGAAAUGGCAAAAUUGAAGGAAAAGGUCCGCAUGUUAGAGCAGAGGUCACACGUGAGUUUAAAAAGAAAAGUUUCGGAACAAGCAGCUGAACUAAAUCACCUAAGACAGCUAACUUCACCCGAUAUUUCUUCAGCGUCAGAAGCCACCCCAGAUGGUCCUGCAUUUUCAUUUCUGCCACCUCGAGGUCCUUUUCGUAAGAGUCCGAUUUAUUCGUCUCCAACUCCUGCACCAAGAGAACAAGAUAUUCCACACUUUCUGAAAGGGGUGGAUCAAGUACGUCUUCAGAAUGCCAAGCUGCAGUCGGAUGCUGGUGGUGCAGCUCUGAAAUUGAUGGACUGUUUGUUCUCUACUGAACAAAUGGUGAAUGGGAAUCCUUCUGGUGUUACACGUUCUAAGGACGCAGCACGACAGAAGACAAUCAAGCGACUUGAUCCAGAGAAAAUGAAAUACAUUGAUAGUAUUCUACAAGAGAAAUGGGGUGUGACAACAAUGAACAAGGAGAUCAGGCGCAAAAUGACACAAAAAUGUACUGAUUACUUUUCAGAUAGUCGAUACAAGCAUUUGCAUCACUCUUAAUUCAAUUGUUUUUCAUGUGCAUGCUGCAUAAAUGUACGCUAUUAUAUUGCA